GAUUUACCCGAUUAUCCCAAUGCAUGGCGUCUUCUUGGUCAUCUUUUUGCACCACUACUGCAAAAGCAGUUGAUGUCGCUACAGGAACUGUUUGAUGUGAUGUCAGCUACCAGUGAAUACAUGUCGAUGCUUCCUGUUCAACCCGCUGCAGUUGCAGGAACUCUUGAGUUACUUGAUGGAUCGCUUAUUUUGAAAUUGAUGGUUGAAGAGGGUAUUGAUUUCCAGUCUUUGUGGCCAGCAGACAAGGCCAGCGAGACUGCCACAAAAAAGUUUUUACAGAUGCGUAAACUGCCAGCACUUGCAUUAUUGGCAGAUGUAGUAUCGAGUAUCCGCAAAGAACUGGUUGUUUUAGAUUCAGAUGCGCAUUACCGAUGGUUCAAUCCAGAAACGGAUUCAGCAAUACUCGAUUCGCCCAAGUUUUUAAAGGCAUUGACUACAGCGAUUGUCAAGUGUGUGGCAUCUCGAACAUUUGAAUCGAGCGACAACAAAGUAGAAGUUCCAUCACCCGAACUCUAUGCUGCAGAAAAGGAAUUGAUGACACAGUUUGUCAAGAUGAUGAUGCCAUACCUGGUAUCGAACGAAUCCAAAAUCGAGGUACUUAAAGCGAGCCAGACAUUCUGCACAUCCAAGAAAUUUCCCAAUACUUAUUUCCACGACUUGAUGCGCAUGUAUCAUGAGCUUGAUCUAAUUGAAACCUCUGUGUUUUCCAAUUACCUUGAGUCGAUUCCAUUGUCUUCAAAGAUAGCUCAUGGUAUUGUCCAGACAUGGGUGACUCAACUGGAAUCUGACCAGUAGCAAGAUCAACCACUUCACAACUCCCCUGUUUUUCUAUUAGACGCCCGCUCCGAGUUGUUGCUAUACACCAAUAAUGUCAAUGAAGUUUUAUUUUUAUCCUUG